AUGAUUAACGGUCUUAUUUCUCCACCAGCGUCCCCUCUUGAUUCUAUGAAAUCGAAACCAAUUGUCAAACUGAAUCAAGGCCACAGCAGAACCGUGGUGCCAGUAAAUAGAAUCAACGAUAUUGAAAGGGCCACUUUAACGUUAGCCAAAGCCUUCAAGGACUCCAAGGCUAAUGACUACCUCAUGAAAAAGUUUGUCAAUAUCCCAAUUGACGAGCCUGUUUCCAAGACUCGUAUCAAUGCGGUCUUGCACUAUUUCAACACCCUAUAUUCAGAUAAGGGCGGGGAGAUUGUUGAGGCCAACGAUUUCGACGCCGUGGCUGUCUGGAGUGCCCCUGGUCAACACUUCGAGCAGGACUUAACCAAUGAUCCGGUAUUCAACAAGAUUUUCUUCGACGACUUGCAUGACAAGCGCGACGAGCUCUUGCAGGAUAUCGAUUGUUACUACUUGUUCAUAAUUGGCAAGGACUUGACGCAACCACGGGUUCGUGGUUCUGUCAGGGCCAUUUUUGAACACUACAAGCAGAAAGCUGACGCCGAGGGUGUGGCUUUGGUUUUAGAAGCCAUCAACGAGCAUGCCAAGUCUGUUUACGAGUACUUUGGCUUUAAAAAUUACUACUCCUUCGCCUACGGUGUUGGUGAAGUUGACGGUAAUGGUAACCCUGACCCUAACGGAGAAGGGUUUGUGGGUCAUUUAAUGAUAUAUUAUAAGGGAGACUUGCCAGGUGCAAAGGACAUUUGA